AAGCAAUGACAUUUGGCGAAAACAAACAAAACAAAAGAAAUGGAGAAAGGACAUAAUAGUAAGUUUCUCGAAACACCCAAAGUGCAUUCAUUUCUCAUGUUGUCCUCUUCGUUAAAUAUCAAAACCUCCUGUUUCUUAUAAACCCUUCUUUUCUUCCUCUCCAACAUCACCAUUCAAUUUCCACCAUGACCAACAAGAGAUCCAGAUCAACGUCUUCCGAUUCUCAUGUUUGCAAGAAGAUCAAGCAAUCGGAAUCCUCCGCCACCGCCGCUGUUCUCAUGGACCAAAACUUGCUUUAUGAGGUGCUCAAGCAUGUGGACGCCAAGACCUUAGGUGCCGCGGCCUGUGUUAGCAGACAGUGGAAUCGGACGGUUCAGGAUGAGCGGUUAUGGGAGCUGAUCUGCACCAGCCACUGGGAAAGUAUAGGAUGCGGGAGUAACACGCUCCGUUUGGUGGUCCUUGCGCUUGGUGGCUUCCGAUGUCUCCAUUCUCAUUACUUAUUGCCUUUAUCUAAGCCUUCCGUCUCCGUCUCCACCUCAUCGUCUUCUUCCACCGUCAUCGCCGCGGCAUCCACAUCGUCCUGGCCGUGUCUACCGCCACCGCGUACGAUCGUUCCGACGAAACCUACCGCGGCCGCGGCCGCGGUGAAAACGCGUUGGGGAAAAGAUGAGAUCCAGCUCUCUCUAUCUCUUCUCUCGAUUCGUUACUUUGAGAAGCUAAAUUUCAACAACCGACACAAAUGAAACUGACUGUACCGAUCAAAAUCAACCGGUAAUUUGAAUCUCGUUUAUGAUUUUAUUAUCAUUUUUGUUUGUAAUUUAUGUAGUAGGAAUUGAAAUAGUAGAUCAUGAAAUCCGGUGGUCGUGAAUGGAUGUUUGUUAGCUCUGACGGCGUCUCCGCCCGUUUCCACGGCGGUAUUUGGGGGUUGUUUUGUUGUGAGAAGUUGAGGCCAAGUGUGAAAAAGAGAAAAGGUGGGGGAGCGAUGUGUCGUAUUCGAUGUUGGCAUCAUGUAUGAAGGCAAAAUAGAUAAACAUUUUUCACUACAAGACAAAAUGUAUUUUCUUUUUUAAUUAAUUAAUUAUUAUAAAAUUGUUUUUUAUCUACGAAUUGAGAUGGAACAAAAAACCCUCUAAAAAGGAAUAAUUGUGUAAUCUAUGUUGUAUCCAUCGCUGUUUUGUUUGUACUUCCAUCUCACUCU